AUGGCUACUCGACGCAUCCUGAUCACACGCGGAUCAUCCACUCUCUGGCAGAGGCCAGCGCCAUUUCCCAGUCCCUUCCUCUCUCGUCAUGUGAUCGGCUCAAUGAGCCAUCAGAUUCACUCCAACAACAGCUCAAAAGCCUACAUCCCUCAUCACUUGGUUCAGCCUCAGCGCGUUGAGCCAUUAGUCUUUCACCCACACUCCGCGGUCUGGCGGCCUGCUACGACCGUGAACCCUGGAUUGAGUCGCGGAAGCGUUCUAACGACUGCGUCUUGGAAUCUCAACUGGUCUGACCCGGAUCCUGCGGCUCGGAUGCUGGCUUCUCUGGCUCAUUUGGAAGAGAUACUUGGUGCUGAACCUCAGAACCUUGCAGUCAUGCUGCAAGAAGUGUCUCCCACCUCUCUACGCGCUAUGCUUGGGCAUCCCUGGGUGCAGCGCAACUUCAUUCUGUCUGAUGACAAGCCCCCGGAGGUUCCCCGAAAGGUUACACUCGACGCGUCGUCCGUCUUAAGGCAAUCUGUUCAGAGAGAGACGUCAUACUUCACAAUCAUGAUGGCAUCCAAGAAUUUACCGGUCAUGGCCUGUUUCCGCGCACCUCUUGUGACGAACAUGGGGAGAGAUGUUCUUGCUGUGGACAUCCAUACCCAUACCUUGAGCCAGGAGGAAACAAACAACCACCAAGAAUGCGUCCGUCUCUGUACGACACACCUCGAAUCACUCUGGCAAGGCAAGGAAUAUCGGCGAGGGCAGCUAGCUGUCAUAUCCGACCUCCUUAAACAGCCCAUUCUACCCGGCUCCCGAGUCAUCGGAGGAGUAGUAGGAGGCGACAUGAAUUCAAUCGACAAGUCAGAACACAGCUUCCACAAGGAAUCACAGGUGGAUUUAGGAGAUAUAUGGGAGGACAGCCAAAUGAUAUCCCAACAGCGCGGCACUUGCCAACAUGAGGAGGGCGGAGGCACCUGGGGCGACAGGUCUUCUCGACAUCGAGGCCCGAAGCGCUUCGACAAAUUCCUCUACACUGGCUCCAUCGAGUCCUUGGCGUUCGAGGAUUCGUCGAACUGCUCAGACCGGGUCCGUCGUUUCGGGGCUGGGUUGAAGACUGCGGUUGAAGUGUGGGAGCUUGAGAAAGAGGACACGGAAGUUGUGGGAGGACAAGUCGUGAAGAAACUGCACAAGGAAUAUAUCUCUGAAGAACGUUUCAACACCCUCAAGCAACUGGGAUUCUUGGGAAGUUUCAGGGCAAGACAAACGAAGAUGGAUGCCAGAGUGAGCGAUCACCGUGGUAUUCUGGCCAGGAUCAGGGUUGUCUGA